AUGGCGGACGCCACGUACAACUGCAAUGGCGGCAGAGUGGGGACUGAUGUCCUGGAGAGGCUGGACGCAAUCUUUGAUGCCUUUUGGGCAAACCUGGCACACAGAGAGCGGCAAACCAACAUACAAGCUAACCCACCCAGAGACAGAUCCGCUCGUGCCGGCCGCAGCAUCUCCAGCUCGGAGGCAACCACAAGAUGA